AUGCUCACCAAGUUCGAGUCCAAGUCCUCUCGGGCGAAGGGCAUCGCUUUUCACCCCAAGCGCCCAUGGAUUCUAGUGUCUCUCCAUUCCUCUACCAUUCAGCUGUGGGAUUACCGCAUGGGAACCCUUAUUGAUCGGUUCGAAGAGCACGAUGGUCCUGUUCGAUCUGUCGACUUCCACAACACCCAGCCGCUUUUCGUGUCUGGAGGUGACGACUACAAGAUCAAAGUCUGGUCCUAUCAGAGCCGACGAUGUCUCUUUACACUGAAUGGCCACUUGGAUUACGUUCGUACAGUCUUCUUUCACCAUGAACUGCCUUGGAUCCUUUCCGCGUCCGACGACCAAACAAUCAGGAUAUGGAACUGGCAGAACCGGUCUCUGAUUUGCACAAUGACUGGCCAUAACCACUACGCGAUGUGUGCGCAGUUUCACCCCAAGGAGGAUCUUGUAGUUUCCGCCUCCCUCGAUCAGUCCGUUCGAGUUUGGGAUAUCUCAGGGCUACGAAAGAAGCACUCCGCGCCUACCUCCAUGUCUUUUGAGGAACAGGUUUCUCGUGCGAAUCAAAACCAGGCCGACAUGUUUGGGAAUACCGAUGCGGUAGUAAAGUUUGUUCUAGAGGGCCAUGAUAGGGGCGUGAACUGGGUCGCGUUCCACCCAACGAUGCCCCUUAUCGUUUCUGCAGGCGACGAUAGGCUUGUGAAACUCUGGCGUAUGAGUGAGACCAAGGCCUGGGAGGUAGAUACGUGUCGCGGACAUUUCCAGAACGUAUCUGCUUGCCUAUUCCAUCCUCACCAGGAUUUAAUCCUCUCCGUAGGCGAGGAUAAAACUAUACGUGUCUGGGACUUGAACAAGCGAACCGCCGUUCAAUCCUUCAAGAGGGAGAAUGAUCGCUUCUGGGUCGCUGCCGCUCACCCUGAGAUUAACCUCUUCGCUGCGGGCCACGACAACGGAGUGAUGGUCUUCAAGCUCGAACGCGAGCGCCCGGCAUCAGCCAUCUUCCAAAAUACGCUUCUCUACAUCACCAAAGACAAGCACAUCAAGUCCUACGACUUCAAGAAGAAUGCAGAGAGUCCGACGAUGUUGGUCCUCAAGAAAUUAGGAAACCCGUGGACUCCUCCCCGAACCUUGUCAUACAACCCGGCUGAUCAGUCUAUACUCGUGACCUCUCCGGCCGACGGAGGCUCUUACGAGCUUCUCAAGCUUCCUCGCGAUGGGUCAGGUGCCAUUGAGUCGACUGACUCGAAACGGGGCAAUGGCAACUCGGCCAUAUUUGUCGCUCGCAACCGAUUCGCAGUGCUAAACACUGCUGCGCAAACCAUUGACAUCAAGGACCUUUCCAACAAUGUGACUCGCUCUUUCAAGCCUCCUCACGGCACCACCGAUAUCUAUUUUGGUGGUACGGGAAACCUCCUUAUUAUUGCCCCGACGGCUGUUUACCUCUACGAUAUUCAACAGAAGAAGACUGUUGCCGAGCUCGCCGUCAACGGCGUCAAGUAUGUCGUGUGGUCCAACGACGGCAGAAUAGCCGCUCUUCUAAGCAAGCACAACAUCACCAUCGUAUCCAAAGCGCUCGAGCAGCUCAGCACCCUACACGAGACCAUCCGAAUCAAGAGCGCUACCUGGGACGAUGCAGGCGUGCUGCUAUAUUCCACUUUGAACCACGUCAAGUAUGCACUCCUCAACGGUGACAACGGCAUUGUUCGUACUCUCGACCAAACUGUCUACCUUGUCCGCGUCCAGGGCCGCAACGUCUACUGCCUGGAUCGAUACGCCAAGCCAAGGGUUCUCCACAUUGAUCCGACCGAGUACCGCUUCAAACUUGCCCUUGUCAAGCGCAAUUACGAAGAGAUGCUUCAUAUCAUCCGGACCUCGAGCCUCGUUGGCCAGUCCAUCAUCUCCUACCUGCAGAAGAAGGGAUAUCCCGAGAUUGCCCUCCAGUUUGUGCAAGACCCGACUACUCGCUUUGAACUCGCUAUCGAGUGCGGUAAUUUGGAUGUUGCCGUCGAAAUGGCAAAGGAGCUAGAUAAGCCCAAACUCUGGUCUCGGCUAGGCAACGAGGCCCUGGCACACGGCGCUCAUCAGAUUGUUGAGAUGUGCUACCAAAAGCUCAAGCAGUUUGACAAAUUGUCCUUCCUAUACCUUGCCACCGGUGAUAGUGCUAAGCUCGCUAGAAUGGCGAAGAUUGCCGAGCACCGUGGCGAUUACACGUCGCGCUUCCACAAUGCCCUUUAUCUCGGCGAUGUGGAGGAUCGCAUCCAGAUGCUCAAGGAAAUUGACCUCUAUCCCUUGGCAUAUGUGACCGCGAAGUCUCAUGGCCUCGAAGAUGAAUGCCAAGCCAUUCUUGAGGCCACGGGUCUCACAGAAGAGGAGCUCGCAAUUCCUAGCGUUGGCAAGGGUCUCACACCUCCCCAGCCUGUCGUCCCCACUUACAAAGCAAACUGGCCUACGAAGGCAACUUCGCAGUCCUUCUUCGAGAAGGCACUCCUUGGUCAAGUUGAGGGUCUCUCUCUUGACGACGAGCCGGUUGAGGGAGAGCCUAUGGACGAAGAUGAGGAUGAAACCACUCAGAAGCGAAACGGGGCCGCUGCCAAUAUCGAUGAUGAUGAGGAUGUCGCAGGUUGGGAUAUGGGCGACGACAUCGUUCCUGAGCUCGAGAGCGAUUUUGUCAAUGUGGAAAGCACCGAUGCUGCCGGCGCGGGAAGCAGCGAGGCGGAGAUGUGGGCUCGCAACUCUCCUCUCCCAGUUGACCACGUUGCAGGUGGCUCGUUUGAGUCCGCGAUGCAGCUCCUCAAUCGCCAAGUCGGUGCUGUAAACUUUGCACCGCUCAAGCCUAGAUUCUUAGAGGUAUACUCGGCGUCGAAAACCUAUCUCCCCGCCACCUCGGGCCUGCCCGCCCUUGUCAACUACGUCCGCCGCACAGUUGAGGAAGACGACCCCAGGCAGGUUCUUCCCAUCGUUCCUCGUAGCCUUGAGCAUCUGGCGACCAAUGAACUGCAAAAGGGCUAUGACGCCAUGAAGACCAACAAGCUCGAAGACGGUAUUCGCUUCUUCAAGGAUAUUCUCCACGCCGUUUUGAUCAAUGCGGUCUCAAGCGAAAGUGAAGUCGAGGAAGCGAAGAAGCUCAUCUCAUCAGCUAGCGAAUACGCCGUGGCGAUGUCAAUUGAGCUCAGCAGGAGGAAAUUGGGUUCUCCUGAUGAGGUGGCGAAGAACCCCCAAUUGCUCAAGCGCAGUUUGGAGCUGUCCGCGUACUUUACCAUCCCCAAGAUUGAGGUUCCUCAUCGCCAACUAGUAUUGGGGAGUGCGAUGCAGCAGGCAUUCCGCAACAAGAACUUUGGCUUAGCAUUGAGCUUUGCAAACAGAAUUCUUGCCAACGGGGGCUCGAGCCGGAUCGUUGAGAACGCCACCAAAACAAAGAAACAGUGCGAACGCAACCCGAAUGAUGCCAUCGAGAUUGAAUUCGACCAGUUCGCGGAGUUCGACGUGUGCGCAGCUAGCCACACCCCCAUCUAUAGCGGAACCUCUUUCGAGGAAUGCGCGUUCGACGGGUCAAAGUAUCAUUCCAAGUACAAGGGUCAGGUCUGCAAGGUCUGCGAGGUCUGCGAGAUUGGAAAGCACGGCAGUGGUCUCAAGCUCUUCUUCUAA